GCAGGACGCGAGAGCGCGCACGCGCACGGGGGCCUCCGCCAUGGCGACCGUGCUGUCCAGGGCGCUCAAGCUCCCGGGGAAGAAGAGCCCGGACCUGGGGGAGUAUGACCCCCUCACACAGGCCGACAGUGACGAGAGUGAAGAUGAUCUCGUGCUUAACCUGCAGCAGAAGAACGGAGGGCUCAAGAACGGGAAGAGUCCGCUGGGAGAAGCACCGGAGCCCGACUCGGAUGCUGAGGUCACAGGGGCGGGCAAGCCCCACCUCUCGGAGGUCACCACGGAGGGGUGCCCCUUGGAGCCCCUGGGGGGCCUGGAGCAGAAGACGGCCUCCUCCAUCGCGUCCUACGUGCGCACAUCCUUCUUUCUGCUGAUGCUGGUGAUCUCCAUGGUCCUGGUGCUCGUGUGCGCCUUCCUGAUCCCCUGCCCCCCCCGAGACCUGCACAGCACGUGGAGCCGCCACUUGGGCCCCCAGGGAGGUGGGGACCUGUCUCCACUGGACCUGGCGGACGUGAAUGGAGACGGCCUGCGCGACGUGCUCCUCUCCUUCGUGACAUCAGGGAACGGGAGCACCGCGGGUGUCUCAAGGCCACCUGCUGUCCUCGUGUGCCUUUCGGGGAUGAAUGGCAGUACGCUCUGGUCUAGUCCCCUCCCCGAGGAGGCCCGAGAUAUUACCUGUCUGGAUCUAAUGCCAGGGAGAGUGGCCGAGACCGUCUGCCUUGUGACGGGGACACACAAGAUGCUCAGCGCAUUCAACGCGACAUCAGGGAAAGCCAUUUGGACUUUAGACCCGCACUACUUACCCAACGGUACCCUGGCUGCCCCAGGCGUGGUGCUGCCAGACCUGGAUGAAGAUGGCAUUAAAGACCUUGCAGUUCUGGUCAUUGGGGAAUUGCAGCCAGAUCUGUGCUUUCUGCUGGUGUCUGGCCGGACGGGGAGUCCCGUGGGCCGGCCCGUGAAGUACAACAUCGUCGGAGUGGGGAACCUGAUCGGCCCUCAGGUUUACAUCACCACCAGCGGGGCUGCCUACAUCCUGUUUGGCUUUGGAAAUAUCCAGGCUGUCGCCCUGCGGGACGUUUUCGUUCAAGCCCAAAAUCGAGACAGCUUACCACCUUCCCUGCAGAUAGACGAGCCCGAGUGGGAGAAGCGGAGACCCAUCAACCUGUCUGAGCUCAUUGACAUUUACAGUGAUGGGGUGGAGCUCCUCCAGAUGGUGAAGGUGCCGGAUUCCAACAGCAGCAACCUCCUGAUCACCACCAGACAAGGCCUUGUCCUGCUUCAGGGGCAAAACCUCACCCCUUCCUGGACCCUGAGCCUCCAAGGCCUGCUCAGCCAGCCUACUCCUGGGUAUUUCACGGAUGAUCAGACGUUAGACUUCCUUCUGCAGAUACCGAAUGGACUUGGGCUGAAAAAGGUGAUGGUGGUGGACGGGGACUCUGGCGCGGUCGCUUGGAGUUACAGCGUUCCGUGUCACAUGGAAGAAACCCCGGCCACCUCGGCAGCCGCUGUGGACCAGAAGUCUGUCUUCCUCUUCUGGGCUGAAGGGCUGUCAGCUGCAUCGCCCAAUCCUGAUGUCGCCCUAGGAACGGAGCCACCCCGCCUGCACCACCUGUACCUCCUGCAUCCAGCCUUCCCCUCCAUUCUUCUGGAUCUGGCCAAUGCCACCGGCACCGUGACGGCUUCAGAGGUUGGGAUCAACGACCUCUGGAAGGAUGCCUUUUAUGUCACCAGGACAACAGGGCCAAGCUCUGAAGGGCACCCAGCACCCCUGGUGAUCUAGGCUGCUGGACUCCUCAGUUGCAGAAGAAGUGAACUGAAUGGUACUGUCUCUCUCCAGCUGGAGAGGACGACCUCUGUCACCCACUCCACCACGUCUGUGUCAAUGUUGCCAGACACUUUGGAAGGCACUUGGAGGUCUUGGAUAACAGCACGAUCCGUUUGGCUGGGGUGCUGCCCUUCCAACGCCCUAAUUAACCCCUUCUAGGUGUUCUGUGUGGAUAGUUUGGAAAUGUGAAUCUUGUGUUAUUUUUUGUGUGUCUAAUUUAUGAACCCUUGCUGGGAAAUUCCAGUGAAGUCCUUCCCUGGAGCAUUUUGCUGUGCGUUAUGCUCUGAGUGUGUAUCUGUUGGUGUGGUGAUGAAACCUUCUCUAGAUAAGUAUGUCCUAAGCUCCAGGGACCCAGGUUCUCAUCUGUCCGAAACACAUCUGGUUGGUUUGGGCCUCUUGAGACUCCCAGAUAGCCUACCUCUGACUUGGAGGGCCCCUCAGCAUCUCUCCCCUUCGUCUCCCGCUACCUGUACCGUGGCUGCAGUAACGAGAAAGACUGACACGAGGAUGGCGCGAGCCACCCAGAAUCCUCAUCUCUUCCUUGUUUUGUGGCUCCUGCCUCCUCUCUCCUCGCAUGUCCCUUUGCUCUGUAUUCAGUGACCAUAAGAGUAACGCUGUUCCUAUCAGCAGGGGAGCAGGAGAAGUUUCAACGCCCCACCUCUGACAAGGUCGCUAGGUUAUGACGCGGU